AAGAAAAAAAAGGUGGUCGCGACGACAUUAAAAAGACAACGGACAACAAACAAUCGACAACACUGUCGUAUACAAGCAGAAACUACAAGAUGGCGCCGUACGAUAGCGACUCCUCUGCUGGAGAGGAGGACGACUUCACAGAGACCAAUGUGCUUCUCGGGUAUGCAUCAAAAGACCCUGGCGACGAGACUAUUAGUCGUCUGGGCGGCCGUCCUGAAUGGCUUGAUGAGAACACUCCACCAUCAGCAGCGCUUGCAAGAUGCAAGAUAUGCAAGGACUUGAUGGUUCUCCUACUACAACUAGACGGCGAGCUACCGGAACGCUUUCCCGGUCACGAGCGGCGGUUAUACGUCUUCUCCUGUCGGCGCAAGAGCUGUCGCCGAAGAGAGGGAAGUAUCCGCAGUCUGCGCAGUGUGAGGAUAGCACCCGGUAGCGCUGCCAUAAAUACUACCGCCAAAAACACCAAGGACAAAAAGGAAGAGAAGCCAAAGCCGAAAGAAGAAGCGCCAAAAUCGCAACCACCGUCCAACCUAGGAGAGUCCCUUUUCGGCGCCAAAACAAUGGGAUCGCCAUCCGGCUCCGCAAACCCAUUCUCCACUACCGGUUCUUCCUCCGGGAGUAGCAAUCCCUUCGCCAGCUCUAGCAACCCAUUCAGCAGUCCCUCGGCACCGCCCAAGGAAACAAAACCCGAACCUAAGACCGAGUCCGCCCCACCAUCAAAUACAACGGAGGACGAUAUAAAUGCCCUCCCCAAAACCUUCGCCGAAACCCUCUCCCUCAACAACACACAAUCCCAACCCCCCUCAACCCCACCAGAGCCCUGGCCCGCCGCAGCACAGCAACCCUCCCCGUACCCAAUCUCCUACCUCUCGGAAGCCGACUACGAGACCCUCGACCCAACCCCGGCCCCCGUCCCGCAGAACACGCGCAUGGACGUCGACGCCGACACGCCCUCCGGCAAAGGCGGCAAGGAGGACCGCGAGGUCUUCGAAUCGACCAUGGACACCACGUUCCAGAAAUUCGCGGACCGGCUGUCGCAGAACCCGGAGCAAGCCAUCCGGUACGAGUUCGGGGGGCAGCCGUUGCUGUACUCGAAAACGGAUGCCGUGGGGAAGCUGCUACACGUCGCGGUACCCGGGAAUGGUAACGGGGUAACGACCACGGGUACGAGCAUGCCCCGCUGCGCGAACUGCGGCGCCGCAAGGACGUUCGAGGUCCAGAUGACGCCGCACGCGAUCGCGGAGCUGGAGGCCGAGGAGCUGUCGCUCGAGGGAAUGGACUGGGGGACUAUUAUCGUGGGCGUGUGCGAGCGGGAUUGUCAGGCGCGGGGCGUGGCGGAGGGCCGGGUCGGGUACGUGGAGGAGUGGGCGGGCGUGCAGUGGGAGGAGUUGACGGGUGCUGGUGGGCGGCGGUAGUGAUAAUCCAAACGGUUAGGGGGAGUGGGAAAAGCCAAUACGUGCAUAUGGUACAGUGUUAUGGCGUGAGGCUUGCAUGGCAUGGGCUAUGAAAUAGGAGGACGUAAGUAGCUGAGGGUCUUAUGCCGCGGAGCAGAUGAGGAUCAAUCACCAACGUCUGAUAAUUCAAUCGUGAACUUCUUGAUACUGCCUUAUUUCAUCAGUAGAUUAAGAGACCGUACGCUCAUGUGGUCUAGGUAGUCUAUUUCUAUACUUACAAAGCGUAGAAAUAUAGGCAUUUGUCUAGAAAUAGACUCACAAUAGAAAUGCAAGUACGAGACCACGCAAAUAGAUUUGCAUC